AUGCCCACGCUUACGCCUACGCCUACUAGCCAAAGGAAUUGCGAUAUUCGCAGGGAAGCGAGCGCAUUCCAGUCCGUGUGCGCCGCGCCGCACUCUGCCUCAAGCAGAAGCUGCAAAGACGCGGUGCGCAUCGCGUUCCAGAAGGUAUGCGCGCGCACCAUCCUCUCCCCAACACCCACCCUGCACUUCUUCGUGCGGUCCUGCAAGCUCAGCUAUACAGCGUCAUAUAGACUCAUCCUCCAGCCCCUCUAUCUCUCCCCACGUCUCUACCCCUCCCACUGCCCUUGCCUGCGCGCGUCGGUGAUGCUUGGCAUCAAACAAUCCACAGCGGACGAGUUGCGCAAGAUGCACGGCUCGCGCACGCGGUCGAGAAGCUCGAUGUUGAGGCCUGGCUCGCCACCAAGCCCAAAUUCGCCGAAGGUUAAUUUGGGCUUGGUGGCGAGCCAGGCUGCCGCAGACUACACACGGCCGCCGGCUUCGCCGGCAACACACCUGCCCUUAGCAUGUUCUUCAACAUCACAAAUGGCUCCGAGCAUGCCUUGGGCAAACAGAACGCAACACAUCUCGUCUAUCAGGAACGUCACCGCACUGCGACGCAGCGUCAAGUGGGAGCAGCUAGGUUGGCCUGAGGUAGAUUGGUCGCUGAAGAAGUGAGGGAUCGUUAUUGUUUGCACACACCCUGACACACACGCCAUGAGAGGAUCUGACAUACUCUCCCACUCGUACUAUCAGCAACUAAUUUCACAUGCUUUGUGCGCAUAUAUACGCGCUCCCACUCUUAGCUAUUUUUCAAGUACCCCUUCUACCUGUAGUUAGAUUUUUUUUCUCUCUCUCUGUAUGUAUAUCACGACCCUGCAAACCAUCUCUUCCUCUCCUAAAAAAGAGGCUAUGUC